AUCAUGAAGGAGAAGAUGCCCAAGAAAGGAGGACGCUGGUGGUUCUCGUGGCGGGGCAGAAACAGCAACUCCAAGUCGGAGUCGGUAUCAGACCAGAUUGAAUGUGGAGAUCAUUCUAUAGGAACAGAGUCUGUGGGCAGGUUAAAGGACGACUCCUCAUCCAGUGAUGAUGAAAGCAGUGGUGCUACGCAGAAUUCUGUGCUCAACCAGCCUGAAGUCCUUCACAGCUCCGGAAGUCACUUCUACAGGAAAACUCUACGUCUGUCCUCAGAUCAGCUAUCUGAACCUAAAAGACGGCCCAAAUGAUGUGGUCUUCAGUGUCACCACCCAAUACCAGGGCACAUGCCGCUGUGAGGGCACCAUUUAUCUGUGGAACUGGGAUGACAAGAUAGUCAUUUCGGAUAUUGAUGGCACCAUCACAAGAUCUGACACCCUGGGACACAUUUUGCCUACUCUGGGGAAAGACUGGACCCAUCAAGGAAUUGCUCGAUUAUAUCACAGAGUCAGCCAGAAUGGCUACAAGUUUAUGUACUGUUCGGCUCGGGCGAUUGGAAUGGCUGACAUGACGAGGGGUUACCUGCACUGGGUGAAUGAAAGAGGCACCAUGCUUCCUAUGGGACCUGUCCUGCUCAGUCCCAGUAGUCUGUUCUCUGCAUUUCACAGGGAGGUGAUUGAGAAGAAGCCAGAGAAGUUUAAAAUUGAGUGUCUGACAGACAUUAAAAAUUUGUUCCUUCCAAACAAAGAACCCUUUUAUGCUGCUUUCGGAAACAGGGCAACGGAUGUUUAUUCAUAUAAAGAGGUGGGAGUGCCUUUGAACAGAAUAUUCACUGUGAAUCCUAAGGGAGAGCUCGUCCAGGAACACGCAAAGACCAACAUAUCAUCGUAUGGACGUCUGUGUGAAGUUGUGGACCAUGUUUUUCCUCCUCUAACCAGGGGGAACCCCACAGACUUCCCUUGUUCAGACACCUUCAGCCAGUUUACUUUCUGGAGGGAUCAGAUAACAGAGGUAGACAAGCGGGAUCAACAGGCCGAGAGCAGUUAAAAGAGUGUAGUCAGAAAAGCUAACACGUCUAAGAAUUCCUCACAUACAAACUCAGCUCUGAUGCUACACUGCCAGAGGUUUUACUGUACGCACAAACAACUUAGCACUUUGGAGGCCGCAUACAGCCCUCUGUUCACUCAUUACUUUUAACAAACAUUUAUCAUUUCUAUGCGUUUUAUUGUUUUGUUUUACUGACAAUAGCCUAAAUUCAGUUGUGAAUUAUGCAGCUCAUAUAAGGGGAAAUUGUGUGCGUUUUUUAACAAAGAUACACAUUUUUUUAAAGUGCCAAUUCGUUAUUCAUACUAAACAGAAAAUGUCAUAUACAAUUGAUCAUUUGAUUGUAAAGCUCUAUGAGGGGAUACAAUUAUUUUAGUACACAGUAUAAAAAUAUUCUUAAGCAUAUAACACAACAAAUUUAAGACUAACAGUAAGCCAGCACUAGUAUAUCUCAGGUGUAACAGAAUUUACACAAGUUAGAUCAACUUGAAGUGACCUUUCACAGCAUUUAACAGUAAUAAUAUUAACUCUAAAAAAUUCUUUCACAUCUAAAUUAUUCUACCACAUAACAAAUGUGAGCAGAUAUUUCUUAAUUGUAAAAUGUCUUUCUACCACAUACAUCUAAAUUUUGCCAAAUGUUUAUUUACUAAAAGCCUAUAUGGCGACUUUCCAUUCCUUUGUCAUGUGUUUGUGUUUUAUGCAAGGUACACAAAUCUGACCAGCAUAUGUUUAUAAAUCAUGCAAACAUUGAUUUUGUCAAAUGAAUUACACACAGAACAAAAACUCAAUAAACCAACAGCAAUGCAAAAGACACUCAGGUCAUGAAGUAUUCCCUACCUACACUACUUUCCUUCAUAUUUUUAAUCUUAUCUUAAAAAUACAUCAUAGGAAAAAUAUUUUAUAUACAUUUAAGUGAUUCUUCCUUUUAACGAAUCUUCAGAGGAGCAUGCCAUCCUAAACUUUAGGAUGUUUAACAUAGCAAAUGUACGCUUCUCUUCUGUUGUUUGAUUUAAAAGGAAUUGAGUGAUUGUUUUAAAAUCACCGUUGUAGGUCUCUAGAACAAUGUCUAAUUAUAUAAGUGGAAAAUAUGCUUAUGCAGGUUGCUACUCCAACCACUUUAUUUAACGUAUUUAACAUUUAAUCUAUUCUCAAGUCUUCUGUGGGUUUUCCAAGGAGCAUUGAACUGGAGUUGAUGUGAAUGCAUGGAUGAGGAAGGGCUUAUUGUUAAAGCACUGCUUGUUAUAGACUAGCUCAUUUGAAGAAAACUGUGUAUUUUAUCAUACAUUGUGUAAUAUUAUUUUGCCAGAAAAUAUAAUGUAAGUUAUAUAGAUGUGUGCAACAUUAAAAGGCAAUUUGUAAUGAUCGCUCAAUGGUGCUGCCUGCAACACAGAUUUGUUCUCCUAACAUUUUGACAAAGAACCGCAACAAACAGCACUGUGAAUGAUCAGAUUGAACUGUAGAUUCAUUCUGGUCUUUUGUCCUGGUCUUACACUACCUAACCACUUUACUGAGUCUAGUCCUGGGAAGCUAAUAACUAGAAGUGUGGUGCAACAGUCGUUUUUGUAUAUAUAAUAAUCAUCCAAAAUAUAAAAGUGUUCCAUACAGGCUGUAAGGAAGUUCUAUGUUCUUUCUGUGAAAGAUCUUGUUGCCAAGUUGGCAAUUCAGUUUGUGUGUCAUGUUUUGUGCUUAGAUGUAUAAACUGGUGUUGUGUGUAAAUUGAAAAAUGACAAACCUGUUCAUUAAAAUCUUACUUAAUUAUCUUGAA